AUGAGUGAAGUCCUCAUCAUCGGUACCGGCGUCUUCGGCAUAAGCACCACCUACCACCUAGCGCAGCAGUCAACAACCCCAUCCAGCAUCACAGUGCCAGACCAAGCCCCGCUCCCAUCCCCGCAUGCCGCAUCCAUCGACGUGAACAAGAUCGUUUGCGCGGACUACUCGAGCCCGCUCUACAUGGACCUCGCCCUCGAGGCCAUGGAUGCAUGGCCACAAUAG